AUGACUAGUGAUGAAUCUGAGAUAAAACUAGUGUUUUUCGAUGACCUUCACUGUCAUUUGCGUGAAUCAAGUCAAUCGGUUGUUGCCAAAUCCAUAAAUUCCGGGGGGAGCGAUCGAGUUUUAGUUAUGCCAAAUCUAAGAUCACCCAUAGUUACAUGUGACCAGGCGCUGCUCUAUCACAAUUUCCUUUUAGAUAUUAAUCCACAUGUAGAUUAUCUAAUGACUCUAUACUUGAAUCAGGAUAUUAGUAUAUCUGAUUUGGAGAUGAAUGCGGCUAGGUCUCACGUGCAGGGGAUUAAAUGCUACCCAAAGGGGGUAACCACUAACUCAAGUUUUGGGUUUAAGUGUUUUCAAGAUUAUUAUCCACUUUUCAAUGCCAUGGAAAAGCUCUCAUUGUCUCUACACAUUCACUGUGAAACAAUUGACUCAAAUCCGCUGUUUUCUGAGCAAAAUUUUAUCCCACAACUACACCAAAUUUGUAACAAAUUCUCUAAUCUGAAAAUUGUGGCAGAGCAUGUGACAAGCAAAGAACUGGUGGAUUUUGUAAAAAAUACCCCAAACAUUGCAGCUUCAGUCACAAUCCAUCACUUAGAACUGCUUGCUAGUGAUGUAAUAUCUCAAAUGGGCCAUGAAAACACCACAGCAGAUGACUUGUGCAACCACAUAACAAAUCCGCAUUAUUAUUGUAAACCAAUGCCAAAGACUUUUUCCGAUAGGCAGGCUAUUUUGGAUGUCAUCACUAGCGGACAUCCUAGAUUCUACUUUGGCUCCGAUUCAGCCCCUCAUAAAAUAAAUGAUAAACUUAGCAAUAAUCCUCCUGCUGGAAUAUUCACCCAACCAUAUCUGGCACUAUAUUUGGCUGAUAUAUUUUCAAGGUUAAAUUGCCUGGAUAAACUACAGCCGUUCGUCUCACAAUAUGGCAAAGAUUAUCUACUAUUACCAGAAAUUGACAAUCGCAGACAUCUUACACUGAUUAAACAGGAUUUUAAGAUACCAGAGCUGGAAUUUGACAUGUUUAGACCAUACAAAGCAGGGCAAUAUGUCUCCUAUUCAAUCAAACAAAAUGAUUCUUUAAACAAUUAA